AUGAAUACAUCCAAUGACUACUCAAGUAUGGAAAUUACUCCAGACAACCAAAACAAUUUCAAAAGAAGAAAUGGUAGUAACUUGGGUACAACUGGUAGAAGAAUCCAAUACCCAACUACAAUUAACUCAAGAUAUCAAAAAUAUCAAACAAAAACUUGGCAUAAGGAUAGCAGAGGUCUUAGAGAAACUUCAAAUGAGUUUCGAUCUCAAUCAAAAUUUGGUGGAUUAAUUAGUGAAGCUAUUGAUCUUACAGAAACAGAACAACCACAUGAAAAAAGUGUAUCUCAAAGAACUCCAGAUAAUAAUGAAAGAACUAUGGAUAUUAGAGCAACACCAGUACUAGAACAUAGUUACACAAAUGACUCUUCAACUAGACUCCUACAGGUACCAAACGGAAUUACACAUAAAUCUAGAACAACUACUCCAGAAAGAACAGGAAGUGUACAAUGUAAAAUAUGCUCUGGAACACUUGGACAACAUGAAUACUGGGACUGUCCAAACGCAAUAUGUAAUAAAUGCAGAAAGACAGAACAUACAUACCAGAACUGCCCAUAUGCUCCAUUAUUAAAGAAUAGAAGCUGGUAUGUUAAUUUAAGUGAAAACAAAGAGUAUCAAUAUGAAUAUUGUCUUAAAAGAGAACAUAAAUGA